AUGUCACUUAAGGAAAGGAUGCCACUACAAGAAAAAACACGUAAGACGAGAGAUAUUAAAGCAAUCGGAUUGACUAAGGAUCUACCGAGGGUCAAAAAACAUUAUACGGUUUCAAACUGUCUAAAUGAAGUGGAUUCAGCAGCAGCAGAGUCAGCAGCAGCAGAAUUAGCAGCAGAGUCAGCAGCAGCAGAGUCAGCAGCAGCAGAAUUAGCAGCAGAGUCAACAGCAGCAGAAUUAGCAGCAGCAGAGUCAGCAGCAGCAGAGUCAGCAGCAGCAGAAUUAGCAGCAGCAGAAUUAGCAGCAGCAGAGUCAGCAGCAGCAGAAUUAGCAGCAGCAGAGUCAGCAGCAGCAGAGUCAGCAGAAGCAGAGUCAGCAGCAAAGUCAGCAGCAGCAGAAUUAGCAGCAGCAGAGUCAGCAGCAGCAGAAUUAGCAGCAGCAGAGUCAGCAGCAGCAGAGUCAGCAGCAGCAGAAUUAGCAGCAGCAGAGUCAGCAGCAGCAGCAGAGUCAGCAGCAGCAGAGUCAGCAGCAGAGUCAGCAGCAGCAGCAGCAGAGUCAGCAGCAGCAGAGUCAGCAGCAACAGAGUCAGCAGCAGCAGCAGAGUCAGCAGAAGCAGAGUCAGCAGCAGCAGAAUUAGCAGCAGCAGAGUCAGCAGCAGCAGAGUCAGCAGCAGCAGAGUCAGCAGCAGCAGAUCAACCUCCGAUACUUGCAAAACCCACACCUGGCGCCUGA